GUUACCUUGGCGUUGCCAUAUUUCGAAACGUUAAGAUACUUGUGGCGUUCUUUAACUCGUACAGUACCAACCAAUUGCAAUACAUAAUUUCAUUUAAUAAUUUAACGCAAUUUGAUUAUAAAUAUAUGUGGGAUGAGCCAUAAAACAGCUCAUUUUCGCUGUCAGAUGGCGGCUUCAACCAUGGAGGAUACUGUCAAUCUGGCAACACGGCAGUUAGGACACAUGGGCAGUUUAGUUCAUGGACAGAAGUGAUAAACAGAUCCAUUUGAGUGACUCGCGUGAAGGUUAAAAACAAAUCGAUUCGAAAACACAUACAAUCGCCAAUUUUGCCUUAUAUGUGAAUUGAUUUAGCUUUUAAUUGAGUCAUAAUCAACCCUGUAAUAUCCAUUCUAGAUCAGACGUAUGACGAAAACCGGCUUAAAAAUGUGUAACACGGAUAGUAAACUGGAUUUGCACCGAUAACGACUGACUCACGAUGAGCAUCACUACAGUGCAAAGUCAAAUCUGGCCGUUUCUGACUCAAUCGUUCAAACAUCCAAUGGCUCUCAUAAGGUGGAUGGUAACAAAACUUAUAAAUCGAGUGUUGGUGAGAACGCUUCCAUCACGGGAGAUGGCUGGUGCAGUAGGCAACAAAAGAAGGAAGAUGAUUGUAGGACUGGGAAAUCCAGGAAUGAAUGGUUCUCGACAUAGUGUUGGUAUGGCUGUCCUCACAAGAAUAGCUGAACAUCUGGGAACCCUGGACAACUGGAGAUCAGACCGACAGGUGUCAGGAGAGGUUAUUGUUACAGAACAUCAAGAGGUUCAGUUGGUUCUGCUCCGGCCCAAGUUGCUUAUGAAUGUCAAUGGGGUUAGCGUGGCGAAGGCGGCAAGCAAAUUUUCAAUUCAACCUGAACAUAUUCUCUUGAUUCACGAUGAGCUCGACAAGCCGCUUGGGAAGUUUGGCAUUAAACAUGGUGGUAGCGCAAGGGGUCACAAUGGUGUGAGAUCAUGCGUGGAUUGUCUUCAUACCGAUGUGAUGCCACGGUUGCGCAUCGGCAUCGGGCGACCAUCUGGUCAAACGUCUGUUGAACGUCAUGUUUUGGGACGUUUCUCACAAGAGGAGCAGAAAGUACUGGAUUCUGUCGUGAAACAGAGUUUGGAUGUUUUGCUGAUGUACAUUACAGACACCCAGUCCCAAAUGUCACCGGCAGAGGGAUGCAGAGUAUCACGAAAGAGAAAAGAAAGGACACAUUCACCAGCUCAAGAAGACACAACAGGACAGAAUCAAAAAUGACUUCAAUAUAGGAUUUUUACAAUCCAUAGUAUUUUUGAAGUAGUUGAAUUUUCUUAGGUUGCAAAUUUUUGUAUAUGUGAGAGACAUAAGGUUAUUAUAUUAAAAAAUGCUGUUUACUGAAAUAAAAUAAAAUGUAUGAUAAAUAAAUUUAAGCUGAUGCUUUUAUUUAAACAUGA